AUGCUGACGACAUUCGCCGGAACCCUAAGCUGCCCGGUAGCCACGGGACACAUAUUUCACAUACGCGCCAAAUCCAUCGACGAUGCUGAAAGAAUCGAUAUCGGGUUUCAAGCAGACAAAACCAAUGAGUCCGACACCUUGCUGCACCUAUCAAUACGGUACGAAGAUCAACGAAUUGUGCGUAAUGCCCGGUUGGGCGGCCAGUGGCAACAACCGGAGCAACACUGCGAUCCAUCCUCAAAAGUGCUACAAAGAAUCGUCACCGGCAAAGUGUUUACCGUGUACAUCCUAGUCGGCGAUCAGCAGUUCCACAUUGCCUUCGAGGGUAGCCACAUUUGCUCUUUCCCCAUCAAAGGUUCGUUGGAGGCGAUCAAAUCGAUCACGGUUACGAAAGACGUUCAUCAGGUGCUGUGCGUUGACCAUCGGCAAUCGUUCCCGUUUCCUUUCCCGGCACUGCAGGCCGAGGAUAGUACGUACUACUUUUCCAACGAUGUACCCAAACCAUUCCUCCCAGGACAUAUCAUCAUCGUAACUGCUAUCCCGUUCGGGAAUCCACGCGGUGGCUUUAUCCUGAAGUUCAACGAGAACGGUAGCAAAAAGCAGGCGCUUCACUUUAAUCCACGCUUCGAUCCGCACUACGUCGUCGUGCGUAACUCGCACGCAUCCGAGGCUCUCGACUUCCGGCAGGAAGAGCGAUCCGGUGGAUUUCCCUUCAUUAUCGAUCAACAGUUUAAGCUAGCGAUUGGGCUAGCGGAGCAGGAGUUUAAGUUUGCCAUCAACGGUAGCAAGUUUGAGACGUACACCUACAAAAACCACCGCCAGCUGGACGUACUGAACGGGUUCCGCAUCGAGUGUACGAACGGGUUACAGCUGGAGGUAACUGCUGUCGACCAUUACUAUUCCGGCCUACCGAACUGUGACGGAUUUGAGGAAUAUUCCGAUCCGGACGUGGACAUUGUGUAG